CCUAAGCCCCGCCCCCGCCCCGCUAGCCCCGCCCCCUGACUGCCCAGCCGCCCUGCCCCCACCCGGAUCAGCUGCUGCUGCGAUGAGCUCAGCUGGGGGCCGCCUAUGGAGGAGGAAGUGGAGGAACAGCCCCAGGGCUGGCUGAGCGGCUGGCUCCCUGCCUGGCGCCCCACGUCCAUGUCCCACCUGAAGAACGUGGAGGCCCGGAUCCUGCAGUGCCUGCAGAGCCGGUUCGUGGGGCGGUACGUGACCCUGCCGGGCCGGGCGCGCGUCUGGACCGUCUCGCUGUGCCCGGAGCAGGGCGAGGGGCGCACCCCCCUGGUGCUGGUGCACGGCUUUGGGGGCGGCGUGGGGCUGUGGGUGCUCAACCUGGACCGGCUCGGGGCCCGGCGGCCCCUUCACGCCUUCGACCUGCUGGGCUUCGGGCGCAGCUCCCGGCCCCCCUUCCCCCCCGACGCCCAGGGGGCCGAGGCCGAGUUCGUGCGCUCCAUCGAGGACUGGCGCCGGGAGAUGGGCAUCGGUACCAUGAUCCUGCUGGGCCACAGCCUGGGGGGCUUCCUGGCGGCCUCCUACAGCCUGACGUACCCCGAGAGGGUGAAGCACCUCAUCCUGGUGGACCCCUGGGGCUUCCCCGUGCGCCCCACCGACCCCAGCCAGAUCCGACCCCCCCCAACCUGGGUGAAGGCCAUGGCCGCUGUCCUGGGGCGCUCCAACCCCCUGGCUGUGCUGAGAGUCGCCGGGCCCUGGGGCCCUGGCCUCGUCCAGCGCUUCCGUCCUGACUUCAAGCAGAAAUUCGCGGAGUUCUUUGAGGAUGACACCAUCUCGGAGUACAUCUACCACUGCAACGCCCAGGCGCCCAGCGGCGAGACGGCGUUCAAGGCCAUGACGCAGGCGCUGGGCUGGGCGCGGCACCCCAUGCUGGAGCGGAUCCACCUGCUCCCGCGGGAGCUGCCCAUCACCCUGAUCUACGGUGCCGAGUCCUGGAUCGACACCAGCACCGGGCGCCAGGUGCGAGAGCUGCGGCCCCACAGCUACGUCCGGCACCUGGCCAUCGCCGGCGCCUCCCACCACGUCUACGCCGACCAGCCCGCUGCCUUCAACGCGGCCGUGCAGGAGAUCUGCGACUCCGUGGACUGAGGGGCCGGGCCGACCCCACCCAACGCGGGGGCACAGACCCCUCCCCGGCGGGGCUGGGCCACAGGCUGCGGCCCCUGUGCCCCCCCCCCCAGCCAGCUAGGCUCCUUCGCUGCCCCUGGAGCCCGGGGCCCCGAGCUGGGGGGGGGGAAGGGAUCAAGGUUGUGCUGUUGAGGGUUUUAUUCCUUGUCUCCUGGGCUGAUUCCUUCCCCCUUCCCUUUGCUUCUCGCUCUCCUGGGCUGUCCGCUCCCCUGUGGCGGGGGAGGGGGGGCACGGGGGCCUGUCCCCCCUAGGGUGCUAGAUGUGAUCCAGCCCCAGGGCGGGGGAGGGGGAAAUAGAGGCCCCCCCCAGCCACCCGCAUCUCCCUCUGCUCUGUGACCCCCCUGAUGUGCCUUAGGCUGCUGCAGCCACCUCUGGGGCACGAGGACCCCAUGGUCGCGUGUGCGACGCACGGUUUUGAAUGCACGUGGCUGGCAAGCUGCCAGGGGUCCUUUGUCCCUGUUGCGCCCCUGUCAGCCCCCCAGUCUGUGCGGGACUGAUCAGCGCGGCCGGCAGCCCUGUCCCAGCUCUGCCCGGGGCUCGCCGGGAUGCUGAGGCCCAAGGGGUGGUGCCCCGCUGGGGGCCGGCAGGGAGCGUCUAACGGUGCCAUGUUCCGAACCCGUCGGCUCCCCCGCGGGCCGCGCCGCGCCGCCGAGCUUUGUACGGGAACCCCCCUUUGUACCAAGUUUCUACCUUAAUAAACAAAACACUGGAAAACUG